UCGUGUUUCCAUUAGCGUGUAUCAACUCUACUUAACAGUGGUCUUCAUUAUGAAACUUUCAUACAGGUAUAUAAUGCCCUUAACAAUUUUUUUUUUCCGGAGCUGGGGAUUGAACCCAGGGCCUUGCGCUUGCUAGGCAAGCGCUCUACCACUGAGCCAAAUCCCCAACCCCGCCCUUAACAAUUUUAAUAGGUUCAUUUGCUUUGUUAUGUGUUUUGCCUACAUGUAUGUACGUGUUUCACACACAUGCCUGGUGCCCUCUCAUGGAUGAAUAGGGUGUCAGAUAUUCUGGAACUGGAGUUACAGGGUGCUGUGAGCAGUGAGUGUGGGGGCUGGGAGUUGAACCCUUGCCCUCUCUGAGAAGAACAAGUGCUCUUAACUGCUGAGUGACCUCUCUAUUCCCUAUUUGGAGACAGGGUCUCUUGGAACCCAGGCUGUCGUCAAAUUUCCUAUGUAGCUGAGGAUGACUGAACGUGGGGUCCUCCUGCCUCCGUCUGCUGAGUGCUGAGAUUACAGGCUGCACAGCCAUGCCUGGCUGUCGCUCACAGUUCUGAAGGCAGAGAAAUUCAGGUUCUAGCUGAGCUAGAAGAUCUAGAAGAUGCACCUCUUGGUUUACAAAUGACCACUUCCUACAUAUUGUCCUUAUGGGAACAGCGGUUUUGUGCAUCUUCUGUAAUCCUGGUACUUCCUGGGCUAAGUAGGAGUUUGAGUUUUAGGGCUACAUAGGGAGACCCUGUCUCAAAAAAAGCAAAGCUGGGCUAGAGAGAUGGCUCAGCGGUUAAGAGCACUGACUGUUCUUCCAGAGGUCCUGAGUUCAAUUCCCAGCAACCACAUGGUGGCUCACAACCAUCUGUAAUGAGAUCUGAUGCCCUCUUCUGGUGUGUCUGAAGACAGCUAUAAUAAAUAAAUAAAUAAAUAAAUAAAUAAAUAAAUAAAUAAAUCUUUUAAAAAAGAGCAAAACAAAGCAAACAAACAAAAAUACUGCAUAAAAGAUAGCUAUAAACAAACAAAUAAAUACAUUAUUCCUAGUCAUGGCUAACACAAGCAGGCUUUAGGUCUACUGCCUCUCAAAGGUCUACCUCUUGAUACCAUCAUAUUGGGUCACAGAAGUUAUAGGAUUUAAAUCUUUUAAAAACAUUUUAAAUUAUGUGAGUGGCCUCCAUGUAUGAUUUGUGCCAUUUGGUGCUGUGGCUGUGAUGGUCAGAAGAGUGUCCUAGCCUUCAAAACCCCUAGAAUUGGAGUGAUAGAUGGUUCGAAGCUACCAUGUGGUACUGGGAACUCAAUCCAGAGCAAUCAGUGCUACUAACUGCUGAGCCACCUCUCUAAUCUCCCACCGCGUUUGAGACGGGGCCUCACGUAGUUCAGGCUGGCCUUUAAGUCAAUGUACAGCUGAUGACCUUAAAUAUUUGAUUCUCUUCUACCUCCUGAGUGCUGGGACUGCAGGCAUAUGUCACCAUGCACGUGCGAUGGUAGAGACUGAAUCCAGGGUUCUGCUAGGAAGGUACCUUCCACCCGAGCUCCAUCCCCAGUCGCCCUGGAUGAAUCACAGACCAGAAGAAAGCUAUCACAACUAGAAACAGCCCUGGCGUCGGUAAACACACCGUGAGCAGGUGAACACUUAUCUAUUCAAUGGACCACAACACAGCUGUGUGGAGGAACUGUCCGUACACACACAGUGACAUGGAUGAAUGUCGCAAACAACAUGAGGAGGGGACAAACCCAGACACAAAGCCGUGCAUUAUGUGGCGUUUGGCAACAAACCAAACAAGAGGUGGCGACAGACUUGUGUAAUUUAUCAGGGGAGGACACGGGCUUAUGCUGAGGAGGAGGAGGCCUGAACUGUUAUAUGUCCCAGUCAUGAUUGUGGUAAUCGUGUGGUGUGUGAAUUGAUGAAACCAGUUUAGCCGAACCUUUGGAGAACUUGGCUGUGGUCCCUCUGGAGAGACCACAAGCUGAUUUCUCUUGGAGACGAUCUGAAAAGAGGAAUCAGGACCAGAGUCACUCUUUAAAGGGUGGGCAAGGACAAGGGGACACCAGGUCAGUGUGUGCUCUGUGGUGUGUGUUGAUAAGGGCGCAUUUCCCACCUGUAAGACAAAGAGGACCCCGCCGGUACUCCCCUGCAGCGUAACGGAUCAACACAAAACAGAAACCCAAAUUUCCUAAGCAAAUGGAAGAGGUUUUGUUGUGCUGUAUACGGAGCUCCAGGACUCUGGUUGUUGCAAAGCACUGUGGGCAGUGAGACAUUUCUGUGCUCGUUGGCAGCUGCCUAAUGAGACGAGGAGGCAAAGGGAUUCGGGUGGUUGGCAGCUGGUGGUGGAGGGAGAAGGAAAAGUCUUCAUGUACAUUUCUGUUGGAGCUGAUUGUGCUGCAUCCACCACUUACCACAAAAUUAUAUAAACUGCAUGGCUUCUAGGCUGGUAGAGAAAGCUGCCCUCUGCUGAAAAGGACGGUGCCCUGCCCCUUCCUGACCUGCUUCUGGCUCCCUCCUGCCCAGUGCUUCUACAGGGGAGCAUUUUUGAAACAGGAAAACUGUGUCAUACCCAGUCACUGUUAAACUGCACCUUAGUCUGCUCCCGAAAAGUGGCUUCUGUCCUGAAGACUAUCCACUUAUUGCUUGCCUAUUGGGGCGCUCUUCCCAGCCCCUCCCCCAAAUGGGUCUGGUUGGGGGCGGGGCACCCCGAAGUCAUCUGCCCCAGGGCCCUGCUACUCUGGGGUGGAGCCUCUUUGGAGCUGCCCAAGUAGAGCCUGAGCCACGUUUUCUAGGGCUGGGCUGGGAGCUCACAACGAGGCGCACUAUGCAGAGAGAGACUUUGUGCCUUGCUCCGGACAGCACCAGCAUGAAUGAGCGCAUGAACACCACUGAGAUCUUCGAUGGCAUCCGCUUCCCAGGGUUCCUGCACACCCUAGAGUCCCUGAAGGCAGCGUGUUCUUUCCAGUUCCAGGACACGGACGUCCUCUUGGUAACCUUCCCUAAGUCAGGUACCACCUGGAUGCAGCAGGUUCUGAGUCUUAUCUUCUGUGAGGGCCACUUGUGGCCCAUUCACCACCUCCCCAACUGGGCCCGCAUGCCCUGGAUGGAGCAAGCCUCCUUUAGCAGCCUCCUUUCCAAGCUUAACACCUCCUGGCCUCGUCUACUCACCUCCCACCUGAACGCCAAAGGGCUGUCCCCGGCUCUGAUGAAGUCCAAGGCCAAGGAACCUCGCUCAACCAUUCGGAAGUUAAGUGAAUUCCUGGGGCGCACCCUGGGGCCAAAGGAAGAGGAGAUCAUACUGGAACACAGCAGCUUCUCCUUCAUGAGUCAGAGUAACAUGGUCAACUACAGCCUUUUAUCCAAGGAGAUCAUAGACCAGAGUCAGGGCAAGUUCCUCCGGAAAGGUAGGCCUUCCUGGCCCAACCUGGGAUCAGUCUACCCUUAUCUUUUGUUUGUAUGUUUUGGUUUUGGUUUUGAGAAAGGUCUCUACGCAGUCCUAGCUGUCUUGGAGCUGGCUAUGUAGACCAGGCUGGCCUCAAACUCAUGGAGAUCUUUAUGCUUCUGCCUUCCGAGUGCUGAGAUUAAAGGCGUUCGCCACUA